AUGAAGGCUGUACAUGAAAAGCCCAAGAACAUAGGGGACCUGUCAGUGUCACAAACAUUUGGCCUUGUGACUGGAGAGACUCAGGCUGUGUCCUUUCAAGAUCAGACUGUUCCCAGAGCCAUGAACACAGACAGCUCCUUUGCAAAGGAAGCCAUGGAGGCUAAAGGCAAAUCAGAAGAGAAAUGCAAGGCCUUCAUGGACAUUUGCAAAUACUUAUCUGAGGAAGAGUGGGCAAAGGGGGGAAACUCAGAGAAAACCACCCAUGGGUACAUGAAGAGAGACUACGACACCAUGACUCAUCUAGAUGAAGAUUAUCAAGAGGCUUCCAACAAGCAACAGGAGAAACACCAGAAGGUGAUGGACAAGAAUCUCGCAAGGGAAGAAAAUGACUUGAAGCCACUACCAGUAACACCUGACUCCGAGCUGGCUCAGGAACAGUUCUGCCCCCCGGAAAAAGAGAGUGCCUGUGAUGAGCAGAGCAAGAAGUCAGCAGCAUCCGGCACAGGGGACCCUAAAGUAUGGGCAAAUGAGCUGCAGGAAAAAGAGUACAUUCUAGAGUAUGAAGAUAUCAGCGACCCUGAGGAAGAAAACCAGCUCUAUACAGAAGAGGAUUCCCCAAAGAGAUCCUGA